AUGAUGGGCUUCUUCGGGGGCUCGUCGGGCGGAGACAACUCUAGACCAAGCUCUCCAAUUCCUGGACAACGCACACAGGGCGAAGCUAUGAGCCGCGAGAACAGCCAGAAAGGUUCCCAGGGCAUCAGCCACCGACCAAGAAACGACACCUUUGGGGGCGGAGGCAACGGUCGUACAGCAGGCAACCGUUUCGCCGUCGCCUUCAGCGAUGACUACUCGACGUUUUCUGGCGCAUCCGGAGGCUCGGUCUUCGACGAUGAUCGUUCAAUGGCGCCUUCUACUGUGGCCACAUCCGUGUCAAUCGGCGGUAGUCUGGGCAAGAGUCCGAAAGAGGGCUACAAGAGCCUGUCGCACAAGACGUCUUUCGGUGCUUCGCCGAGGCCGAAAGCGAGUGAGCUUGUCACGCAGCCUCCUCUGCCGCCCGGCGUCGCUGCGCGCCGUCAGAGUCCAAGUGGUCACAGCCCUGUGUCGACUAGUCACCAGCCGUCCAACUUCGACUCCACGAUCCAGCGAGGAAACAUGAACAACACCGUGUCGCUUCAGCAGCAGUCUCCCUCCGUUCAACACAUCCAGCGGCAGGACUUGAGAGCCCCUAGCCCACCAAUACCUGCCCGUAAUCUGCCCAACGAGCCAUCCAAGUUGACGUCCGGCACCGUCGCAAGCUCCGGCGCUACUCGUCAAGCUACUACUGAACUACAAGACACUCGAGAACCAGUGCAGCGCAGCCCGAGUACCUCGCAUUACAACCAGACCUCCAAUGACAUCGUCAGAGACGACAAUAACAACGCCACGAGCUUGGCCUCAGACAACGGCAGCGCCCUUGACCGCAGUGCUGUAAGCAAUCGUGGUGCUGUUGUGUCUGGGGAUUGGUCCGUCGACCGUGGUGCUGCUGCCGGAUACGGCAACAUCUCGGCUUGGGAUCAGACCGACGCAUCCGCCUUCACCGGCAGCGACCCUGUCGCUCAGGCCACUGACUUUGCUGAUGGCGACAUCAUCUUUGUCAGCUCCGAGGCCGGCUCCGGUGCCACUCGUCAGCCUGUCACAAGAUUCAAGAUUCACGAAGUGAACCUAAAUGUCCACUCUGCUGUACUUUCCGAGAUGGUUGAUGGAUCUUCUGAAGGCAAGGUCCACACGCUCGAGGAAGACAGCGGCACGCUCAAGGUCCUCUUCAGCCUCAUGUACAACACCAAUGCUCCUAAGAUGGGCAUGCAAGACUGGCAAGUCGUCCUGCGUCUCGCUCGAGCUGCGCAAAAGUAUGACUGUGCUCGCGCCAAGGAUGUCGCCGCAUCCUACUUUGCGGAGCAAGAACAGCUGGGCUCGCUCUCGCCCUUCAUGACGUUCGCUGUUGGAUCUAUGUACCAUCUGCCUGCGCUCGAAGAAGCUGCAGCGGAGCGUUCUGUCCGUUACGAUAUUCAUCGUCUUCCCGAGCUGGUCUUUAAUUUGAUGGGCUUUGCAGCCUAUCAGAAGCUGGCAGCAUUCCAUACUCGUCGUCAGCAGCACUAUCAGGACACACUCAACAGCAUCACGGUUGAUCCGAAGGAGCUCGAAAGUCAAUGCUACCAGACUGGAGGCGUGUGUAUCAUCAGUCCUCUGACCAAACUCAAGCAGAAGCUGGCUUGGCCUAGACAAGCCAACAAAGACGGGUCGAGAAAGCCUAUUGAAAGUCGGGAUGUCAUGACCAAACUUCUCACCGAGAUUGGUCAGAUUGGUGAGCUGCUCUCCGAGGGUUCUGCUCCAUGGCUAUCGACGCUUCGCAAUUCACUUUUCGACACGCUCCUUGUACCUGUAUUCAACCCCGUUACCUCACCUCGACUAGUCUUCGUCAUCAGAGGCUGGUCCUCGAUCAAUUUUAUUCGCAUGUACAUGCUACUCUCGUGGAUCGAAAUGAAGCGCGCCCCCCACCUUCACACCCGCUCACUCACCUCUCGUCGAGACGCUACACCACGACUCGUGAUCGGUGCUUCUGAGGCGGCUGUUGCGGAGCUCCGUGAAUUGAGCCCUUUUGCUGAGUUCGGUCAUGCGGCGAGCGGCAGCCUUGCGCGCGCUUCGGAUGGCAAAGCUCGGUACGAAUAUCCGAGGGGAGAGACACGGCCAGGCGCAGGGGUCCCACCGCUCGCAAAUCAAACAAUGCGAAUCUUGAAUCUGAAUGCGACUUUUGAUAUUCGCUUUAUGAAACGCUUUCUCGUCGAACCACGAAUCGUCUCACAGCGAUUGCGCCCCUAUGAGCUUCCUCUCAACGUGAAUGUGUCACGCAAUUUGGGUCUCGGGAGUGAUCCGGCACCCAUCCUCCGCCGGCAGUCGUCAAAUCACUAA